AUGAGUCAAUUGCAUAGUAGCAUAUUAAGCAAGAGAAAAUGUGAGGAAAUUGAAAAGGCUGAAAUUCAAUACAAACGAAUUUGUCAUGUAGCUCCUGUUCAGCCCUAUGAAGAAGAUAGAAUGCAAGAAGUAUCAGAACCUUUACCUUCCACAAGCAACAAUGAAAUUUACCCAUCAACUAUCAAUAAUCUGGCAGCUGAAGAAAGUGAAGAUCCUGAAACAAUUAACGAUGAUAUAGUCGAUGAUCCUGAAGAUUACUGGUCUCGCGUAAUUGAGAAUUGGAUUGAUAUGUUAGAUGCUGAGAAUCAUGUAGAUAAUGAGGAAAUCAUGGAUAAUGAAACGCUUGAAUUUGAGUUUGGUGGACGCAUUAUCCAUCCAGCGGAGGAUCUAUCAGCAAAGUGA